AAAGCGCGACCGAUUGCCUGUCAUUCGUCAUAUCGUCUGCGCUCGCGAGUUCACCUGGUCCAUUUGAGAAACUUAUCUAGAAUCGCAUAGAAAACGCGUAAUUUCACAAUUUCACGUACAAAAUGAAUUGCCGGGCGCUGCUGUGCAUUUCAAUUCUCGUCUUGUGCACGACAACCAGCGCGGCGCCAUCGAGUGGUUCGGAAUGGCUGAAAGCGGCCAACAAAACUGAAUUCGACCGAUACAGGGCGACCUUGCUCAGCCCCGCGGUAAUGCCGUUCCUGUCCACUUGCUACGAUCCAAAGUGCUGCGAGGAGAACACCAAUCGUGUCUGCAGUCUCUACUUUGAGACCAUUAGCUGGGCGAAGGAUGCGAAUUUCGAUGUGAACGUGACGAAGGAUUUGGUGGCCAAGAUCCCAACACCGAAUGUGGAGGAAUUUUGUACAUCGCUGCUGGCGAUGCGGGACAAUAUUACGAGCGGCCUUGGCCACAAAUUCUCUGCUUUGGUGACGAACAUGGAUCAGACCGCUUGCAUCAUAAUUUGUGGAUCGGUGGAGACGAAAAAGGCGCGCGAAUCCUGCGGAACGUGGUCGUGGCUACUUGGGGCCGUGGCAAAUUUCCAGGCGGCCCAGGCAAAAGUGAUCCAAGUCAAGCAAGUCGGGGUCAGCCAGCCUAAGAGCGAGAACGCUGCUGUGGAGAGUCAAAGUGGCAAUGUUGAAGCGGAGGCACCACUGGUUCCAGUACUACCUUCUAAGGGAAAGGUUCACAUCGUGCAAGUGCCACAGGAUCCGUUGCUUGAUAAAGAAAAAGCGUCGCCUAAAAAGUCAGAUCCGGAGACCAACCCCAUCCAGGAGGCGGAGCCAGCUCCCAAGGAAGAGGUGGUACCCCCAAAGUCAUCAAACACUACAGUGGGCGGCACCCCUAAGUCGGAGGAACCUUCAGUUGUAAGUACCAAACCGAAACCGACAGCCGCAAGCACACCGGAAGCAGAAAACGAAAUGAAACCCCCCGUGGAAGUGCCGUCCACAUCGAACAAGACCACGACAGAAUCCACCUCGAUCGCAGCCAGCCAAGACAUGGAUAAGAAAGGAUUACCCCAGGACAUUUACGACGAUGCAGCGGAACAGGGAGACGAGUCCAGCGAGCCAGACAACAGCCUGCUCAAAUUGGAGAGCUCCGAUAUUGGCCUCACCCAAAAAGAGGUUCCCCAAAUGCAGCCCGACUCCAGGGAACAGGACAUCGUAAUCGAAGACCAGUUCAAGGAGGAGCCAAGUUCUAACUUUUUCUACUAUUUCCUGUUCGGCAUGUUUGCAUGCAUUCUCGCGUAUGUCGUUUACAACAACAAAUCCAAGAUCCUGGCACUGAUCCUGGAGGGUCGACGCUCCCAAAACGGUCGGGGCGGUCGCCGAAAGCACACGGCCGCCUAUCGCAAGCUCGAUUCGAACCUGGAGGAGGCCAUCAUGUCGGCGCCGAGUGGUCGCACGUCCCAGAUCAUCUACUGAAGCAAUUCCCUUUGUAUUAUCCUUCGAUUUCGAAAUAUUUCUACGAAAACUUGGGUGUAUCCGACCUGUGCGCGCUGCGCCGCUUGCACUGCGCUUUAGGCUCAUGCCGGGGCUGGGCCGCGGCUUCUUUAUUUCAUUUUACUCAUUCCAAGGAUGAGAUGAUUGCGUUGUGGAGAGGGAGAUGCACUUUUAGCAUUUUAGGUUUAGUCUUUAUUUAAAGCGGGCCGGGAUGAGGUCCAAAGGGACGGGCGGAGAGAAAAUUCGAUUGGGGUCUGCCACUAGACGUUGCUUUUUUCCGGAAAUCCAGGAAGUCCGGCCAUAUCAGGGUUUCAAAUCGACCCUAUCCCGCCCUGAGCUCUCAUCGGCUCACCCGGACUCCAACUGUCUAUCACAGCACGUGCUUGAAAUGCCGCAUUUUUAUCUCAAUUGCCAGACAACAUUCGCGAGCUUUUCGCAUGAGUCACGCUCUGGGAAUUCUAGAGCUCGGAAUUUAAUUGCGUUUUGAAAUUCACAAACAUUCCGCCCGCAUUGCAUCUGCUCAGAUUGAGUUCCGGACCUCCCCGCCCCACACAAAUUCUGUGUUUUCGUGAUUGUCGUUGUUGUUGGGUCCCGUGUUAAUAUGUGUCCGCUACCACCGCCCGCUCGCCGCCGUUGCUGAUGCCAUUUCGAACGUAAGUGGAUAUUUCGUAAGUUCACGCGAGCGCGUGAUUUCUAACCUUGUGAUAGCUCCCUCCGUCAGCUCUAGGGCCCGUCGAACGGCCAUUCUUGCACCUUCCUCUGAAUUGCUGUUCAUUUUCACGCGACCUUUCCGUUGUCUCCGUUUCCAUUGGCGCGGAAUUACGUAAAUCCGGGCACGCUGGGAGCGAGCUCGCAAACAAUCAUUCAUUAAAUGUGAUCACUUUAUAAGAAAACAAAAAUAUUUUCUAUUUUUGAAGCAACCACAAGCGAUUUUCAUUGCAAUAAAAGAAUUUAGUAGUUACAUGUGUACUUUAGCGUAUUUAUUCUAGGUUGAUCUGUCUUUUUUGUUCUGUUUAUUUCUCUGGGUGUUUCGCUGUUUGUUUCGCAAGUUUCCAUCUUUCGGAUGAAAAAGAGAAAUACAUGUACGAGUAGAAAUAUUUGUUGUCAAUAAACUUUUUAUGAGUCUUUUUUAGAAAAAUA